AUGUCCACGGGCACUGUUUCCAAGAACACCGUGACACUCAGCGUUCAUGCUUACUGUAAAUUUGCCCAUGGGUCCAAACCGUUUGCGGUGAUGAGGGCUAUUGCGCUCUCCUCUUUCAUCGGUUUCCCGCGAGCUCGGCAAAACGUUUCAAACUGCCCUGGCAACGAGAGUCUCUGUUGCCACAUCGAUGGUGUUCCGCAUCUUGCUCGCGUUGGCGUUUGCUAUCCGCGUAUAUUUUUCCCAAAUGGGAGGUGCCGGAGGUUCGCCGUACCAAAGCGGAACGCCACUGGUGAGCAAUGUGGAACCCCUGGGCAUUCGAUCAAGCGAUGCCGCACGCAUAGCAAGAUGCAAACGGGGCCCUGCGGCCCUUCGAAGCAAACCGUUGGGGAUCCAGUCAAUCGGGGCUGCGCCUCCCCACAUUCACCAACGGCAGGAGGCUGCCCCUCGAAAGUUUUUUGA